AUGACCGAUGCUUUCCCCGGUGCCCUGGUGGGGCCGUCCUCCAAGGAGAGGAAGUAUGAUCGACAGCUGCGCUUAUGGGCUGCCAGCGGGCAGCAGGCCUUGGAGCAGUCCCGUGUUCUGCUGAUCAAUUCAGAUGGUCCCAUCGACGGCGCAGACACGACGGUAGGCGGCGUUGCGGGUGUUGAGACGCUCAAGAACCUCGUCCUGCCUGGUGUCGGAGGAUUUACGAUCGUGGACCCGGCCACAGUCUCUGAGUCUGAUCUGGGGGUCAAUUUCUUCCUUGAAGAGAGUAGCCUGGGCAAGUCCAGGGCAGAGGAGACGGCUAGGCUGUUACAAGAGCUGAAUCCCGAUGUUGACGGAGAUUUCCUGAAUGAGGCAAUUUCAGAGCUCCUGAAACGUCCCGAUUUUCUUCCCCAGUACAAGCUGGUGAUCGUCUCAGGCCCUAUAAAACGGUCGUCUCUGGACACCAUCACCGCAUCUGCGCGGGAACUCGGAAUCCCCGUCAUUUAUACCCGUUCUGUUGGAUUUUACUCCGUCUUUUCGCUUCAGCUCCCUGCCGAGUUUCCCAUCGUCGAGACCCAUCCCGACCCUGAAUCCACGCAAGACCUGCGCCUGGUCAACCCCUGGCCGGAGCUGAAAGAAGCCGCCGCGCGAAUAAGCAAUCUCGAUACCCUAGACGAUCACGAGCAUGGCCACGUGCCAUACGUACUACUGCUGUUGCACUACUUGGAGAAAUGGAAGGCAGAGCACAAUGGGAAACCUCCGGAAAAUUAUAAAGAGAAGUCCGCAUUCAGGGACAUGGUGCGGGCGGGAGCCAGAACGAAUAACCCGGAGGGUGGAGAAGAGAAUUUUGACGAAGCCGCUGCGGCAGUUUUCAAGAGCAUCAAUCCCUGGUCUUUACGGAGUAAUAUCCGUGAAAUCUUUGAGAUGGAGCAAUGCAAGAACCUGAAAUCGGAUUCGGAUAACUUCUGGAUCAUUGCAUCGGCGAUCAGCGCCUUCUACACGAAGCAUGGCGUGCUACCACUCCCAGGUUCUCUUCCCGACAUGAAAGCUAAGCCAUCCGACUACGUCGCACUGCAAAACAUCUACAAAAAGAAGGCGCGUCAAGACAUGGAGGAGGUCCUCGAGACUGUUCGAGCAACCGAGGCGCGACUAGGCCGACAGACUCCGAUUACGGAGAAGGAGGUGGAGACUUUCUGCAAGAAUGCAUCCCACGUCAAAGUGAUUCGGGGUCGUGAUAUUCCUCGGAUCGACAAAGACUCGACGCAGACGCUGAAAGCAGUCCGAAACGCCUUAGGAAAUCCAGAGUCGGUGAUGCCGAUCUAUAUCGCUUUUGAGGCGCUGGAUAUCAUUGUGGAUGGGAUCCAGAAUGGACAGUUGCCUCAGGGCUCGCUGGAUGAUGAUGCUACAUGGACGACGACGAUCGACCGUCUUUUGAAUAUCAUCGCAGAAGGUGACGACACAGUCAUCAACGACGAGGUCCGAGAGCGCGUGACCAAGGUUACGCAAGAGCUUCGACGCACCGAAGGCGGCGAGUUGCACAACAUCUCGGCUCUGACGGGAGGGUUGGUGUCACAGGAGGUGCUGAAGGUAUUGACAAGGCAAUAUGUGCCUCUGGAUAACACUUGCGUUUUUGACGGCGUCGGCAGCCGCAGCGAGAUGUUCCGGCUGUAG